AUGACGGAUCGUUCCAUAGCGUCGCGACCAAGCUUGGAGCAGGUGAUAGCUAUAGUGGACUUCAUGGAGAAGCACCCGGCGCUCGCCCUUGGCCAGAUGAGGGGUUUGGAGAAGCGGGACGAGUGCAAGAAGCUCUGGUUCAGACUCACCAGGAUCGUGAACAACCUGGACGGGCCCGACCGCCCUCUGAAAUCCUGGGUGAAAUAUUGGGCAGACAAGAAAUCUACUAUCCGGUCAAAAGUGCAAUCGAGCGGCGGUGAUCCCAAUACGUUGAGUUCGAACAUAGAAAAGAAAAUUUGGGACCUCUUCUUAGCAGACGAUGCCUCGAAGGAUAGGGGCGCGGUGAAACAGGAGACCCAUUAUGCCGAGGAGUCGUUCUACAACGAUGACAGCGCGGACCGGAACCACACGGGAACGGAACCGGUUCUUGCUUUCGAAGAGCCCGCGAUGGACAUCGACGAGCGGCAGAUGAUCGUAAUGGAGAAGUUGGUGCGCGCGAUGGGCGAACAGGCUAACGCGAUGGCACAGUUGGCACAUGCCACCCACGUGGGCUCCCGUGCAAUGGAUCGCUUAGCCGACGCCGCCCAGAUUCAGUCGCGCGCUAUCGAGAGGCUGGCGAAUUCCUUCGAAGCGAUCGGAGCCUCGACUCACGACGUGAGGAACGCUAUCGUGGACAUCGACUGCACUAUGAAACGCUUCUACAGCACUUCGCCCACC